AUGCAGCUCACAGAUAUCCGUGACAACAUCACCUCCCGGCGCAACCGGAUUUUCCUGCUGCUGGAAGAGAUUCGCCGGCUGCGCAUUCAGCAGGAGAUCAAGAAUGCAGAGGAGAGCCGCAACAGAGCAGCAGCAGCCGCCGCACGAGCGAAAUUGGGAGGCCUGCCAGUGGAGGAGGAGGAGGAGAUGCCCGAGUACCCCUCCUCGAUUCCCUUCCUGCCCCCACUUAAAACGGACACUCUAAAGGAGUAUUACAUCACAUUCGCCUUCCUUGUCGCCAGCCUCAUCAUUUUCGGUGGCCUUGUGGCGCCCACUCUGCAACUGCGGCUGGGCAUGGGUGGCACGUCCUAUGAGGACUUUAUCGCCAGCAUGCACCUGCCACGCCAGCUCAGGCAAGUGGAUCCCAUAGUGGCCUUCCUCACAGGGGGGGGGCGUGGGGGUGCUGUCACCAUUGUCCUUUCCGAAUGCUCCUUUCACACCCCUCCUAACAUCCCCUCCCUACUGUCUACUGUCUCAUCACAUGGUGUCUCAACAACACACCCCCGCCAAGUGGAUCCCAUAGUGGCCUCCUUCACAAAGGGAGCUGUGGGGUGGAACUGGCCUCCUUCACAAAAGGGAGCAGUGGGGGUGCUGUCGGCACUGCUCUUUCUGAACACUUGUCGCCUUCCUUUUCCAUCCUCUCAUUACAUCUACCCCUCCCAUGCCAGCCAAGUGGAUUCCAUAGUGGCCUCCUUCACAGGGCGGGCGCCAAGUGUAUCCCAUAGGUGCCUCCUUCACAGGGCGGGCGGUGGGGGUGCUGUCAGCGCUGCUGCUGGUGGUGGAGGUGAUGGUCCCUCCACUGGUGGUCCAUGUCUCCUCCGCUCCCACUCACUCCUCUGCCCCCCAUGCUGCAGCCAAGUGGAUCCCAUAGGUGCCCUCCUUCACAGGGCGGGCGGUGGGGGUGCUGUCAGCGCUGCUGCUGGUGGUGGAGGUGAUGGUCCCUCCACUGAUGGUUCCUGUCUCCUCCGCUCCCACUCACUCCUCUGCCCCCCAUGCUGCAGCCAAGUGGAUCCCAUAGUUGCCCUCCUUUACAGGGCGGGCGGUGGGGGUGCUGUCAGCGCUGCUGGUGGUGGAGGUGCCUCACUGCUCACUGAGGUGGAAGGCAAAUUAGUAACCCUGUCUCCUCCGCUCCCACUCACUCCUCUCCUCCCCAUCCUGCAGCCAAGUGGACCCCAUAGCCGCCUCUUUCACAAGGGAGGCCGUCAAGUGGAUCCCAUAGUCGCCUCCUUCACAGGGGGAGCGGUGGGGGUGCUGUCAGCGCUGCUGGUGGUGGAGGUGAACAACGUGAAGCAGCAGGAGCACAAGCGCUGCAUGUACUGCCAUGGAUCGGCUCAAGGGUCAACGUGGGGGUGUUGUUCAGCGCUGUCUGGUGGUAAGACGGUGAAUAACGUGAAGCAGCAGGAACACAAGCGCUGCAUGUACCUGCCAUGGAUCAGGCUCGCUCAUAUGUAUGCAGCUGGAGGCUACCUGGCCUGUGCGCGCUGCGCUGCCACAGGCUCGCUGAUCGACGUGCAGUUGGAGGGGGAGGGUUCAGCACGAGGAGCAGCCAAUGGGGCGCUUGCAGCGGCAGCUGAGGGAGCAGGAGCAGAGGGAGCAGUUACUGCUGGGCGGCAAGGCAUGAAGGUGGCCAAGCGGUGUCCCAACUGUGCUGGUCUGCGCAAGGUGAUGUGCCCUACUUGCUUGUGCACGGGCAUGGCACUUGCCACAGAGCACGAUCCGCGUAUCAACCCCUUCGAGUGA